CAUCCCUAUGCGUGUUUUGUUUUUAAAAUCUAGCUACACGUGCGGCGCUUUUUUCGAAGGGUAGACAUAUUUUACAUUUAAACAAUGGGACGCAAAACUCACAAAAAGAAAAAGGUACAGCAGCUUGAGAUCGUACCUAUUGAUGAAAAUCCUCCACUUCCGCCUCAGAGAACAUCCGAAGACGUUGUACCGAAAAGGGAGAAAUGGAUUAACAAGCAACGUGUAUUAGUUUUUGCUGCGAGAGGCAUCAAUCACCGUGACCGUCAUUUGAUGCGUGAUAUAAGAACUUUAAUGCCACAUCACCGACCAGAGUCUAAAAUGGAACGUUCUAAAACACUUUCUGUGAUAAACGAUAUGUGUGAAAUGAAGCAUUGUAAUAAAACAAUACUAUUCGAAGGCCGUCGUAAACGCGAUUUAUAUAUGUGGGUUGCUAAUGCAUCAACUGGACCGUCAGCCAAGUUCCUUGUGGAAAAUAUUCAUACCAUGGCUGAAUUAAAAAUGACUGGGAACUGUUUGCGCGGUUCCAGGCCUUUGUUGUCUUUUGAUGCAAAAUUCGAUGAAGUACCUUACUUGAAAUUAUUGAAAGAACUAUUCACGCAAACCUUCGGGGUACCAAAUCACCAUCCCAAAAGUCAACCAUUCAUAGAUCAUGUCUAUACUUUUACAUACUUGGAUCACCGCAUAUGGUUUAGAAAUUUUCAAGUCCUUUCGGAAGAUGGCGGUUUAGCAGAAAUUGGGCCAAGAUUUGUAAUGAAUCCCGUUAAAAUAUUUGAAGGAUCGUUUACUGGGACUGCUAUAUGGGAAAAUCCAAACUAUGUCAGUCCCUCGCGGCAACGUCAAAUGCUCAAGAAGGCAGCAAAGGAGAGAUAUGUCAACCGUGUAGAACAAAAGGUACAUCAAGAGGCAAACCGGCCAAAAGAAGCAUACGAAGGACUCGAAUAUGAUGAGUUAUUUGAAAACGAAAACGCAUUAACCACAGCCAAAUUAUUAGCAGAAAAAGCAAAGGAAAAGAAGACUUCAGCUGAAGCCAGUAAGAAAAAGUCCACUAAAUCAGGUCUGACGAAGAAAAUCAAAGAGAAACAACUAAAAGCUGCAGUUGAACUUAUUGCAAAGAAGAAAGCAAAAGUAUCAAAUAAAAAUAAAUAACGCUAAUUUGUAAA